GGCGGAACAUUAGCCUUAGCACUGUUAGCACUGUUAGCCCAGUUAUCAGCAGGAUGCGGCGGGCAGAGAAACGCCAUCCUGCUGAACAGGAAGUGUUUCCUGUGAGGUCCAAGUUUGUGAGAACAGAUGGCCAAACCACUGGGUUUAGACAGGAAGAGUGUCCACCCUCACCAGCAUCACCUCCCACAGGUGGUGAACAAGUUGUCUCCAUGGAAACCAGUGACUCCAGUGACAAUGAACUUGGACGAUUGGACAUCGACUUGGAUUGGAAGUCAAGACGACACAAUCUGACAUCCAGGAAUGUACGGGCCAUCCUCCAUGAGGUCAUUACCCAUGAGCAUGUGGUGGCCAUGAUGAAAGCUGCCAUCAGAGACACACAGGACUUGCCCAUGUUUGAGCCCAAAAUGACUCGAUCCAGACUGAAACAGGCUGUUGAACAGGGACAGCCUGUGACCUGGAGUCUGUCUGCAAUGAACAACACAAUAAAGUCGGCUCAGUUCGUGGACAUCGAUCUGUCGGACGAUGAGGACUCAUCAGAUGAAGAGUACUGUCCUGAUGAGGAAGAUGAGGAUGACACAGCUGAGGAGAUCUUCCUCAGCGAUGCAGACAGCCUGGCUUCACCUCCCAGAAUGCAUCUGGACUGUCACCGUGGAGCGCCUGUAGACCGGCUCAAAGAAAAGGUACAGGGAUCUACAGACAACCUGGUUGGACAGGCGGUAGAUUCUUCUUCCUGCACAAAUAAGAUCCCUCUCUGUGGUCCACCUGAAACAUCCUUCAUGGAGAGACUGAAGGCAGUGGAGGAGGAACUGGACUGUAGCCCCGCCUACAUCUACCAGUCUCUAGACAGAAAACAAGGAGGUGGUGGCGAUGAAGGCUCUGGCUGUUUGGCGUUCCGCACACGCUCCAAACGUCCUCUAGUGAACGUCCCCCUGGAUCAGCUAGAGGCGGAGCUUUUGCCUCCCGAUAUCACCGCUGACAUGUAUGACCAGAACUCCGCCCACCAAGAGGAGGAUCGACACUGGACUCGGUGGCUGCAAGGGCUGAUGGCCCCCGACUAUGGAGAUGAGGCUGAUGAUGACGAUGACCCGGAGUACAACUUCCUGGAGGAUCUGGAUGAACCAGACCUGGAGGACUACAGAACAGACCGGGCUGUGCAGAUCACCAAGAAGGAGGUGAAUGAGCUUCUGGAAGAGCUCUUUGAGACGCUUCGGGAGGAGCAGGUUUCAGUUAGGGAGAAGGAAGAGGAGGAGGAAGAAGAGGAGGAGGAGGAACAGGGGGAAGCAGUCCUGGCCCAGGCUGGACCUCAGUUCAACAUCCCUCAGGCUCUCCGGUUUGAGGCACCAUUAGCUGAUAUGAUAACAGAGCGACGGAUGACGGUCCGGAAGCAGUACGAGGCCCAGCAGCAGAGGAGGGCCCUGCAGGACACGACCAAUUACAACUUGGACCACAUACACCUGAAGGAUGCGCCCAGCACACAGACAGACUCCGACACACCUGUAUUAGUGCUGCCAGGACAGGUGUACCCCACCCUGCACUUGAACCACAACCAGAAACAACAGCUUCAGCAGCAGAUCCAGCAGCAUAUUCAGCUGCUCACACAAGUUCACCUCUUGAGCCGCAACAUCAGUGCCCUGGACCAUGAAGCCAUCAUCAGUAGGAGAUACCUGGAGGAGCUGCAUCAAUUUGCAUGUCGUCAGGAGGAGGUUGUCCUUGUCAGUAGUUUCAGAGGGUCUAACCUUCAGGGGUCUCUGGAGCUGCUACAAGAGGUGGAGCAAAGAGAAAGACCACCUGGUCCUGGUCCAGCCCCUGCUUCCAGACGCUUGUUGCCUAGGAUGACACCAACCACCAACAGCUGUGCCUUCCCUCUGUUGCCCUCCGACACCGCCUGGUUGUUUGCCACUCGGCCUGUCUUUCUCUACCCUGAACUACUUCCUGUCUGCAGCCUUGACCCCGCUCUCCACAUGCGACACAACCGAAGCAUGUUCACCAAAGGAGAGGAUGGGUUGAUUGUUCUGGGAAUGAAGCACUUUGAGGGAGCGGUUCAGCCCAAUCAGCUAAUCAGCACCUACCUGCUGUGUAAGAAACACUGGAACUUGAUGAAACGCGUGAAAGAAUUGAAUGGUUCCAGAGCGCCGGCCAACAACGUCGUGAAGUACUUUUUGACACAUGGAGUCGUCCCUUCACUGCCGUUGGCCUGCAGCAGAGUCCUGGCAGGAGACCAGCGCCCCCCAGUGGACAAAGACAGCAGCUCCAUGCCCAACUGGCUGAAGAACAGUCAGGAGAUCAUCCAGAAGACUCGUCUGGUCUCAACCUGUCCUCCUCGUUACCCUGCCUCCCGGCCGCCUGGCUGCAUCCUCAGGCUCCACCCCUACUGGAUCCCUAAGUCACGCCCACCCCCCCAAAGACGCCUUUUCACCCUGGCCCACAAUGCCUCACUGCUGCCACUUGCCAAAGCUCCGGAAGACAAACAGGAGGACAGAUCUUUUGUUCCACCUUUAAAAUGUGAGUCUGUCCAAUCAGUUGCAGUCAAACCUGGACCCACCCACCCUGUGAGUGCUGACAUCAAAGAACUUUGCCCUCCCAUUGGCCAGAUAGCACAGCAAAGCAAUACAGACACACUCCCUCUUCUUCUCCCCAUCUCCUCACUGUCCAGUCCCAGCACCACAGCCGCUGCCAUACCCUCCUCAUCCACCAGCAUGGAGCCAGGCUUCGUCCUCUUACAGAUGUUGUGGACACCCACAGCUCCACCCUCGGGCACUUUCCAAAAACCCCUGGGACCAGUCAGAGAGGAAGUCCACCCGAUGUCCAUAUGUCCAAGAGUGAAGGAGGAACAGAAAAAUGAUAAAGACAAGGAGCAGUGGAUGAUUGAAGACAUCAUCAUGAACAAAGGAGAAAACACUGCAAACGAAGAAGAGGUGGAGGAGCAGGGAGGAGACACUGGAGGAGGAGGAAGUGAGGAGGAUCCAGGUGGAGGAGAAGGAGAGGAGGAGAAUCAGAGGGAGGAUGGGGAAGAAGGAGGAGAUCGGGACAAGGAUGAGGGCGGAGAUCAGGAAGAGAAUGGGGGCGAGAAUGGGGGUGGAGAUCGAGAUGAGGAUGGGGGCGGAGAUCGGGAUGAGGACGGGGGUGGAGAUCAGGACGACCAGGAGGAAGAUGGGGAGAAAGAUAAGGAUGAAGAUCAGGAACGUCAAGGUGAAGAAGAGGAGGAGGAAGACUUUGACGAUCUCACACAGGAUGAAGAUGAAGAGGAAGUUAUGUCUUCAGCUUCAGAGGAGUCGGUCCUAUCUGUUCCAGAGCUACAGGAGACGAUGAAGCAGCUGACGUGGCUUGCAGCAGAGAGGAGACUCUGUGCAGAUGGAGAUUCGGAGGAAGAUCAUUCUCCAACAUCAGCUGGUUCUCAGGAAGAAGAAGAAGAAGAGGAAGAGGAGGGGCCUACUAAAGGGGAGGAGUCCAGAGAAGGGAGGGGCAACAAGGUGGGAGGGGACGAGGAGACACCGUCUGGAGAGGGGACACCCAGAGGAGGAGGGCGAGGACCAGGACGAGGGCGAGGUAGGAGUCGGCCUCCUCGUGGUCUGAGGAGGAGUCGUCAGGAGCGUCACAGUAAGGAUACAUCCAAACUGCUGUUGCUGUACGACGAAAACAUACUGGACAACGAUCCUCACAGAGAAAGCAAAGAUGUGGCCUUUGCUCAGAGUUAUCUUAACAGGGUACGUGAAGCACUGCAGGACGCACCUGUGAAGGUGGAGGAGUUCGUGUCUCUGCUGAGUGAGUUUGAACAGGUUGGAGAAGGACAGGAAGUGGUGCUACUGUUCAGAAGGCUGCGAUCCAUCCUGGGAGAACGGACAGACCUCCUUCGAGACUUUGCUGCCUUCCUACGUCCAGAUCAGGCUCUGGAGUGUGGACUGUUUGAGGAGCAACAGGCUUUUGAUCGCAGUCGUCGUUUCCUCAGACAGUUGGAGAUUAGUUUUGGAGAUAAUCCGUCUCACUAUCAGAAGAUCAUCAAGGCCCUACAGACUGGUCCAGACUUGAGUCCUACCAGUAUCCACGAGCUAAAGGCACAGAUGGCUGCCCUUCUGAAAGGCCACACGCAUCUUCAGGCUGAAUUCUGGGUAUUUUUUGAUGAGCUCCGCCCCCCUCCAGCUCGCCCGGGCCAGUUUGAGGAAGCUCAUUGGCCAGAGGAUGCAGGAGGUGGGUCAGACGGUGGAGAGGGCAUUGGCUUAGGUUUAGGGGGUGGAGCAAGCAGUGGUUUUGAGGAGGUCACACUACCUGAGCUUGAAGAAGAGGAGGAGGGGCAUAAAAUACGACCAAUGGUGGUUCGGCGUCAGAGAAGGAAGAUAGAGACUCACAGGAACUAUAAGGAAUGUGAUUGGCCGGAUAAAGCCUGGCCCUGCCUCUGCCAUCAGGUGAAAAUCCGCAGACACAGGAAGAAAGAAUGUUCCCGUUGCCAUGGCAACAAGAGCUCAGGGGGCGUGUCCAGAGCCAUGAAAAGUCUGGACCCUCUGUACGCUCAGAUGGGCUCAGCCCACGAUGAACCAGUUGACAAAGACCGAGACCUGGUCCAGAAGGAAGACGACGACAGUCCACUACCAGAUUGCAGAGCAGCAUCAUGGGAGGGCUCGUUCCCUUUGAAUGAUGAGAAGGAGGAAGAGGAGGAUGAAUUAGAAGAUGAGGAGGAUGAGGAAGAUGAGGAGGAGACCAAGAGCAGUGAGAAGGAGCAAAGUCCAGCUUUGAACAAGACUAGGAGAGAUGAGGCGCUCCAACCCAGCUCACCUCCUGCUGCCUCCUCCACUUCUAGUCCUGCUGGUCCUCCUCCUUGGCCCAGUCCUCCUCGGCCUAGUCCUCCUCCUGACCUCCCCGUUUGUGCCAAGAACAUUUCUCUGACGGCGAGUGGAGAGAAGGUCAUCCUGUGGACCAGAGAAGCUGAUCGAGUCAUUUUGACCACCUGUCAGCAGGAAGGAGCCAAUCAGAACACGUUCCAGGAGAUCUCCAGUCUGCUUGGCAACAAGACUCCCUCUGAGGUCUCUCAGAGGUUUCGUGAUUUGAUGCGUCUCUUUCGGACAGCCGCUCGUCAGACCAGCUCAGAGGAUGAAGCUCCACCCACUGAAGCAGCAGUGGCCAAUGAAGAUGAAGACUGAACUGAACCAAUCACAGGAGUUUCAGGUUCAUCAGUGACACAAAUUACAUAGUUGAAGACUUUUCAGAAGUUUUAUUUUGAAAGGAUUCACAGCAGAUGGUAAAAGGUGUAUUUAUUAUACAUAUAAAAGUCUGUAAAUAAAUGUAAAUGUAUUAUUUAUUGUUUUUGUAAAAAUAUAAGUUUUUUUCAAUAAAAGAGUUUUACAUUAA